AUGGGCGCUAAUGUCCCAUACGUCUAUCGUCUUGUGGGGCCAAAUAAAUGGGAUGGAGCAGAGGAAGCGAUACGUUCAGUACCGUAUCGAGUAAAGAAACCGUUGAAAUCACGAGAAUGCCGAAUACGUAGACACAAACGUCGUGGACUUACCGUGAGUGUACUCCUUUCUGCUUGA